AUGGAUUUAUGUCACCUUAUAAAGAAAACAGGUCAUUCUUUGGUGGAGAUAAGGGUCAGAGCGUUGAAGAGCAUUCUGUGUAAGCUGAACCAUUCCCUGAUUUCUGUCUGUGACAUUGUCCAAGAGAGGAGGCUGUAUGUGUAUCUUCUGGAAUGGUUCAAUUUCCCAGAGGUGCCAAUGCAGGAGGAGGUCCUGGAGCUGAUGGCAACCUUAUCAAAGCAUCCUAGUGGAGCCCAGAUGUUGAGAGAUGUUGGGGCAGUGGAUUUUCUCAUCCAGCUAUCUCCUAAUGUGGAACCCAGACUACGAGCUAUCAUCGACAGCACUCUUGACCAGCUGUUCCACCUACCCGAGUUACUCCCAAGUCAUACAGUGGUUUACUCCAGUGGACAAUGUAAUUCAACACCAACAGUGCCUCCAGUUGUUUCAUCUGAAGAGCGUGAUCAUGAAAUGGGCUAUUUCUACAAGUGCAUGCCAGGUCACGCUGACGUCCCUCCUCGGAAAAUAGCAGUGCACGACUCUGUGAAAUGCCUGAAGUUUUCAGUUUUUCCAUGGCUAUCUUUGACCGGCACAGACAGACAUGUACUUUCAUCCAAUGAGAGUUCUCUUGGGAGCAGCAAUCCCAACUUGGUGAUGACCACAUGUGAACUUCUGUGUGAUGUCAUUAUGCAGGACUUUCCUGCUGAGAUCUUUUUGCAAAGGCCCAGCAUUGUAAAGACCCUUUUGUCCUUGUUGAGGCCGGGAUCAGGUAAAGGAGAGGCAAACUACCUUCAUUUGCAGGUUCUGUGCUGCCUGCAACAGCUUUGUGUGGGGUUAAGGAGAAGGCUUCGCUUUCAUCAAGAUCCAAGCGUUCAUUCUACUAAGCAAGAGCCAGCAUCCCAGAACUCAUCCUUCUGUUAUUCCCAAGAAGUACGUGCGACCCAACACUCACCUGCUUCAUCCUCAGAGAAUGAGUGUUCUCCUCGGCCUUCAGUUGUGGGAUGCACGGGUCAGAGAGCCAGAGGUGAUGGCCAAGAUGGAGAUGCAGCUUCCAGCAGCGGCAGCUCCCACAGGGGUGGAGCCAUAACCCAGAACCCCAGCCAGAUGUCCCAUGCCCGUGCAGAGGUCGCCCAUUUGGAGUUGCUGGACCUUGGUGUGGAGGAUGUUCUGGAGCUCCAGUUAAAGCAGCUGACUUUGGCUCAGUUCACUGUUGCCACCAUGGAACAUGCCAUACCCCUGCUUAAGACCGAGGGUUCGCGUGUGUUCCUGCAUGUUCUGGAGCUGCUGUGUGAAGCCGUCCUCCUGCUCAGGGACAGCGUCUGUGAGCUGGUCUGGGAUGACGGCAGCCUGGUGGGGAUGGAGCUGAAGGAGAAGCUGCAAGUCUGUUUAGAACUGCUGGGGGAUAUUCUGAGCUACCACCAGAGCUAUUCAGCAGACAUUCCUCACAGCUCUCAGGUGCACCACAGAUUAGCCUACACAGGCGCUGCCAUAUUCACGGUUAAACUCCUGCAGACCAUCCUCCCCGUUGAGAAGGGUAAUGAAAACCUCCCGGAGAACACUGCAACCGCCAUUUUCUACAUGUGCUUUGAUGCAUCAUUGGGAAGUUUAUUUCCCAGUGUCCAAGAGACAGCAGUGGCAUACUUGGAACAAGUGAACUCAGACAGCUAUGAUCUUUAUAGGAGGGUGACCCGCGCUGCCCUCUGGAUGGAAUCCACUUGUAGCUUCCUUAAGGAAACCCAAGCUGAGGGAGAGAAGAAUUGGUUGGAGUUGCUGGAGCUGGCAGAUCAAGCUAUUGAAGGGCUUCCCUUUCACCAGCACUUACCCAUCAUCAAGGAAUGUGUUCACAUCUGCUCUUACCUGUGGAAGCUUGAUCAGCCCAGCCCUCUCCUUCAAACAGAGAGCCAGAAACUAUUUCUGAAGUUGCUCUCCCAUUCUUUAACACCUGUCAAGAUGGAAACAUACAUAUGCACUUUAAACCUGGUCAAGGACUGCCUUGGUAUCCAGAAUGCGUCGCACGUGUCAGCGGGAGCCUGCAGUGGAAUUCACUUCCUUCUCCAUCACAGGGUUCUUUAUGAAAUAAGUGUUUUUGGUCUCCAGGACUCCACAGAAAAGGUGAACACUUCUGCAAAGGAUAUCCUGCUAUUUCUGCUCAAGGGACGAUUAAUGAUGACUGCUUCAACCUGGGAGAGACUCAGUGAGGCCAUUUACCCGGUUUUGCCCAUAUUACAGGGUUUUGCCAACACGGAGGAGACGCUGGGAAAAUGCAUCCUGCAUAUGACUGACAUGUCAGACCAGUCAAGAGAUGACUUGCUUCCAACUGCGGUGAAGUUAAAAGCAGCGCUGCGACUCCUUUUCAGUAAACAACCCAUUGUGAGAAUAGCAGCAGUGCAACAAAUUCUGCCACACCUAACCAACAAUGAAGAAGCUAAUGCGACCAGACCAGACUUGGGUCAGCCUUUGCUCUCCUCACUUCCCAAUCUGUAUUCCUUGAAACACCCCAUAGACAUCACGCUGGACACCAGCAACAAGUCCAUCCUCAAGGUGGAGUCAGUAGAGAAGCUGUUUGGUGUCCUGGCUUCAGACACUGUUGCUAUGUCUUUGAGAAGGUCGGCUGCUGAGCAGCUGGCUGUAGUACUACAAGAUACAGCAAUGCACCUGGUGCUGAAGAAUCUUGGUAUAACAGACAAAGUCCUUUUUCUCAUUAUAGAGUGUGUAAAUGGCAAUGAGAGCUUCGAUUGCCUGUUGGAGUCUGCUUUGUGUAUCCUGAGGAAGCUGGUGUAUGCCGAUCCAUCUCUGAGGCACAGUUUGGCACAGCGCAACCUCGUGUUCCUCACUCUGCUUAGGGCAUCUUUGAUGUUGAAGGAGAACAAAGUUAAUGGAAGUGAGGUUGCUGUACUGAUGAGCUUAUUGCUUUUUGAUGAGAUUGCCAGCAUUGAAAUAUGGUCAGACAAGGGCUCCACAGAUGUGAGUCUCACCUCAUUCUCUUUACCGCUGUCAGUGAUACGCAGGUACAAUUUCCCAUUCCGUGCAGCAAGUCACCAUGCUGUCAGCCCUCACUGCUGUGUGCUCAUUCCUUCCUCUGAUGUGAUGAAACUUGCCCCUGCCCGUCAGGCCCUGCAGGUGGCCUGGAACACCGCAUGGCAUUCUGGGAUAGACAACCUCCUCGAUGAUCUGCAUGGCGUCUCCAGCAGUGCGAAUCAAUUCCAUGAGGAUCUAAAGCUGUCAGAAACACAGCUUGUGUCACUGCGAGCAGCCCACCUUCUCACUGCACUGCAGGACUGCAUCCAGACCAUCAUCAAGGCAGCAGGCCACACUUCUGUGACUUCUGCCUUGUCCAGACUGGGCCUCUAUUUGCUGAAUGACAGAGUGGCUUUCCCUCACGUCCCCACCCAUGGCUGCAUAGAUACUCUGCGCUCCCUCAGUUGGCAGGCUGCUAUUACCAGGUUUCUCCAAGUGCAUCCAGUCAGUGUGGAGGAUGAGAGGUUGCUGGUGGGCGUUGUUGCAUUUUUGAAUGCCUACUUCAAACACAUACACACUGAGUCUGCAUCUAACCCAGAGGACAAGGACCUGCGCUGGAUACUGGAGCUGCUUCUCAAUCAGGAGACUGCAUCACCUCUUAAAUUGCUGCUUGUUGUGGGGAAGCAGACCUCGACACCGAGCACAGAGGAGUCAGAGAAACUGAAGAACCAUGUUAGUCAGCGACUACAAAGAGAACUCAUCAGCUUCUUCAACACUUUACUCUUCCGGCUAACACACACCACUGACAGGGUCUGUUUGGCGUUAGCAGGCUCCUACAGGAGUCAGUUGGCAGUCUGUUUGCUUCAGAGCCUGCGGGUGUCUGAUGCCCCUCGUUUUUAUGGCCUUCCCAGUCUGGAGAGGACACUGCAGGGCAUGGUCAGUGUAACCGCCCAGCCUGAAUGGAGCUCCCACUGCCCUGACCUGGAGCCUGCCUCUCUCUGCUCCAAGUAUCUAAGCGGACUAUUAGAGGUGAUCUCCUCAUUUUAUGUGGAGUGGGGAGGCAACUCUAUGUCUUUCAUGGGGAAAGGUGUGACCAAGAAUGCUGUUGUCUGUUUGCUUCACCUGUCCCAUGAGAUGAUGGCCCAGAGUGAGGACAAGGACUUCAUUUCCCAGUGGUCUUUGGCAGAGGAGGCUAACACAUCUCAGCUGGGUUUGGCCUGGCUCAUUCCUCUCUGGGUGGACAGAGAUCAAGAGGUGAGAUUUGCCAGUUUGGGUUUAGGUGCAGCUCUGUCUUCAGUACCCAGCGGGUGUCGGGCUCUGUGUGCCAGCUGUCGGAACAUCAGCGGAGGUCUGUGGGGCACAUUGCUCAACAUUCUUCUGGAUCAGCAGGAGAGCAGCAUGGUCCGCAGAGAGGCUGCAUUUAUCCUGCAGAACCUGCUGGUGAUGCCCAUGCCUGCCAAUGCAGAGGAAGCCAAGGACUCUGACUGGCAGAAUCCAUGUGUCCAUGAUGAAGUGUCUGGUGCGUCUUUGGUGGGCCUUCCUGCACUCCAGGCUUUGCUUUACCACUGUCAAUACUUCCAACAAAUGGCUGUCUGUGCCUCAGCUUGUUACCGUGGCAGGUACACUUAUAACCUGCAACCUCACGUCACCACCACUGGUGGCACUUGUCCUGUGGAGAGCGCUUCCCUUGAUUCUGAGAAUUCUUUGUGGUUUUGGAAAUACGCUCCACCACCACCAGCUAUGGAGCCUAGUGGACCCUCCAGUUCCCCCUCCACCUUCAGCACUGUGAUUGGAGGUUCAGCGUCUCUGACACCCGGUGCUCUGUCCCCACAAAGUGUCACGCAUGAUACUCCUGCCAGCCGACUGAUGGCUCAAGGCCAGAGUGUGACUGACACCAGCGACUCUGUUACCUCCCAAGAUUCCCGACAGAGCCGGUCCUUUGCUGUGGAACCUGUUGUCAUGGUAACUCCUGACCUCCUGACAGCACACUGUGGCCUGCUCGCUAACAUGCUUGCCAUUCUCCCAGAUUUCACCCUCGCUGCCAUCCAACACAACCAGCUCCUUCAAGACCUGGCCAGCCUCUUUGAUAUUGAGCCUAUUGAGAAAUGUCUGUGUGAGCUGAAAACCCCCAACAUCCUACCAGGAGAGAAAGAAGACAUCAAAAACCAGCUUGUCACCUUGCUGCAGUUCAUCUCCGGUUUUUCCAAGCUGUUGCAGACGUGUGCCACAUUAAGUCCAGAUCUGAUUGGCCAGAUGAACUUCCUGAAACGGUUUCUGACAUCUCUGGUGGGAGUGCUCAUGCUGGAUACGGCAGGCCUGGAUGUAGGUACCCAGGAUGCAUUGUGUGUGUGCUGGGAAGACGUGUUUAUGCUGCUGACUACUUUGUUGAGGAGGGACGGCUCCACAACAUACCCAUCUGUCUCUGCUGCACUGGGGAGACGCUGGCGGACAUUUGGAGGAAUGUUAGCCGUGUGUAUGAAUAAGAGUUUCAGGGACUCAUUGCUCCACAAAGUGGCUCUGCAGUUUCUGUCUACACUUUUCACAGAGGAGACAAAGAGGCAAACUGUAGAGGUCACAAACCCACCCUCCAAACCUGCCACCCCUCUGUCUGACAUCCUGAAUGGUCCAGCAGCCAGCCAGCUGUGUGACCUCUUACUGCAGAGUUUUGAGAAGAGGACCUUUCAGGACCCAUUAAAGAAGCUGACAGCCAGAGCUCUGAUGACACUGCUGUCCUGCAGUCCCACAGCUCAGAACCAUGCAGCUGAAGCUGGUGUAAUUGACAGCUGUGUGGAGCAAAUAAGGCAAAUUAACUCUCAGCUCCACCUGGAGUCAGUCCGAACCGGCAAAGCUUCACACCGCAAGAAGGAAGAGAGUUAUUUAAAAGAAGUCAAGCUGACUGUGGAGAUCCUGCACAGCGCUCUUUAUCGCAACGAUGAAUGCAAAGCAGUGGCUACAGAUGCACGCCUAACAUUGGCACUGUACGGUCUUUGGCCUUGGCUACUACUGGAUGAUGUCACCAUGGAGGCCGUGCUGGAGCUGUUAUGUGUCUAUACGGCCGACUGCACCUCAGCUUGCAGUUCUCUUUGUGGUGGAGGGCCCAGUGCUGCAGCAGGUUCUAAAGGCAGCUCUUUGAUGCACUCUGCCAUGAAACUGGCCGCAGGGGUUGCUCCAGACAACAGCACCAUCCAGAAGCUAGCAUUCUGUCUCUUGGCUAACCUAGCCUUGUCCCGUGACUGCAGGGGCCUUCUCCAGAAGAACAACUUCCUGCAGGCUUUCCUGUCAGUGCCAGUGCCCAAGAUGAGCAGUGUUAAGGUCACGUCUGUAGUCAGUGGCAGUGGAAGCCUACUGGGCCUGUGGCUGAAGCUCCUGCUUAGUCUGUCAUUCACAGAGGACGGCCAGCAGAGUAUCCUCAGGGUGACUGGAACCCUGGAACUGCUGGCAGUUCUGGCAGCAAGUCGACAACAGGCGCUGCUUAUCCUCCACAACCUCUGCUUCUGCCCCACCAACAAGCCCCAUGUCAUCGUUAACGAUAAAGCCAUAAAGGUGCUGGUGUCGUGUCUAGACAGUAAAGAGUUGGAGACCCGUUGUGUGGGAGCUUCUGCACUUUGGGCUCUGCUUCAUAACAAUCAGAGGGCUAAAAAUACUCUGAAGUGUCCCAUCAUUAGGCUGAAGCUUGAGGAGGCACAUAGCAUCUCUAAGAAGGAAGCGGAGCACAAUCAGGAGCCUAAGAGUACCUACCUACUGAAGUGCCUUGACAACCUUUCCCAGCUGUUAAACAGCUGAGUCUCAGUUAUAUGUCUAAAAGUACCAAAGCACACAUUUUAGAUGUGUGAUCAGUCAGACUAUAUAUAAACUGUAUGUAUUGCAUUGCUGUAUAUUUUUAUACCCUCUGCAAACAAAUAUUUGUGGUCACCUCAUGAGUUGUGUAAGUGCAACACCUCCUAAACCAUUAAUAUACUUAAGUUCCUGUCUGCCAAGGUGUGAUCAUUUGAAUUUUGUGUUUAAGUCAUGCGUCAUAUGACUUCUUCGCUACUACGCCUGAGCCGCUUCGCAGAUUUCAGUGAAACUUAACACAAUGUUGGCACACCAUGUGAGGAUAUGCAUUAAUAUAAUUCCAACUUCUUUAUAUAUUCAAAACCAAAAAUAAAAUAAAUAUU